GCGCGCGGCGCAAGGGAGAGAGAGAGAGAGAGAGAGAGAGAGAGAGAGAGAGAGAAGAAUGCUUGGGACAUUUGAAAGACAGAUGAAGUGUGCAAGACCUAUUUGUUGUUCAGGGCUGCAUUGCGGCUCCGUCAACGGGGAGACCACAGGUGGUCAGUGACUGUCUCGCUAUGGUGCUCGUCGGAACAUGCUUGCUGUGCGUAAUCCAAGGGUCCAAGGGGGGGGCUACUUGCGUGGGUUGUGAACGAAAGCACUCCACACAAUUGCACAGCUUGUGCUGGCCGGCGUCGGCGUAAGUGUUUGCCAGUAUGUGUUCGGUAUGUGUUUCCAAUGAUGCCGGUGUAGGACUCUCUCUGCCUCACAGUUAAGAUGACUAUUUUCGUGAAAGUGACAUAUUUGGCAUACUCACAAACGGUGGGGGGUUCUCGCGUCAUUGUACAUCAUUCCAGACAUUGAAAACUUUGUGCGUCAGACCCAAGUUCGAAUCCAGGGGCAAUCGGACGAGCAGAGUAAAAUAAUUCUUUUAAAAGAACACGAAAUUGCGCGCAGGAUGCCGGUGGCAUUGCAUACUAUCCAUGCAUUGGAUGUUGUUGGAUGUAACUUGUACCCAUAGAUUGGGCAGCAUUGCGCAGCCCUUCGAGGUUUGACGCAACCGCCAAUCCAAUCAGGAUUCGUCGAUCAGGCUAGAGAGGUCUUUGUCUUUUUUUCAAAGGAUGCAGGAUUACAAUGUCAAUGUGGUAGCUGGCCAGAUCCAGAGGUGGAGAAAGGGGUAGAGGAGGAGGAGGAGGAGGAGGAGAAGGUUGUGGAUGUGAAAAUGUGGAAUGGGCUCCUAAAUUUGGCGACGUCUUGUCGCUGCCAGCGCACCCAGCCUCAUGGCUGCACAAUUCAUUGGUUUGCGGUAUAGCGGAUGCCUUAUGCUCAAAGUUCCGACCGUUUCUCGUUGUUUCUCCUCCUCCUCCUCGUCCUCCUCCCCCUCCUCCUCCUCCUCCUCCUCCUCAUCUUCCUCCUCCUCGUCCUCCUCGUCUUCGGCGUCGGGGUCGUCAUUGUCCCCCUCCUCCCCAUCUUCUCCAAAGACGGAACGGAGCCGGCUAUCUCUGGACUAUGGUAUCCAAAUGAGCAGCGCCAAUUGCCCAGAGCUUUAUGCAGGAAUGUGUGUGGAGCUUCCUGUCAUGAAGAAUUCUGCGUAUGUUUCGGUGAGCGCACAGGUCGUGGCUCACCCGCCUUUGUUUGGGAGGGGGGGGAGGGAAUUCAGCGUCUAGGUGUUUAUGACGAGAGGCAGAGCCAGAAGUGGACGUGACUUUCUCAGGGCAUGCUCACACUAGUACUAUCUUAAAUUUAUCUGACUGCAUUUACCACCAGACCUGUAUGCAUCUGGCUGCAAUUCCGUCCAGAAAUAAGUAAAAAAGUCCUAGUGUGAGUAUGCCCUCGGUCAUGUCUCCCUCUUUGCAGGUGAGGACAAUGAGGUAGGGAAGCUGGUAGGGAGAGCAAUUCUUGAACGCUUGUUGAGGGACAAACAGAGCGUGGAGGGAGAAACUGUGCAGGCAAGCCUCCUUGCUCAUAGACUCCUCUGGUACACGGAUGUUUGAUGAUUGUACAUUCUUUUACUGACACCUCUGCUGUGAGAAGAUGAGGGCACACCAAAUGGCAGGCACCCUUACUCCAUCAUUCCCAAUGGCUCAAUUCUACUGGUGGACCUGUCUGAGGGAGCUGCCGGCUGCGUCAUCGUAUUUGUUCCCAGACUCGGUAUUGCGAUCGUCUAACUUAUCCAGAUGCCGUCGAGCAGUGAGGCACUGCAAUGAACUGUGUCUCUAUCCCUGUAGCCGCAGGACCAGUCUGGUAACUAGGAGGACGUUGCGAAAAGAGAGCAACUUGGAGGGACUAUUGCUUGGUGCUAAUCAGGCAGCGCCGGUGUGCAAGGUUUGCAGCAGAAGCAGAAGCAGAAUGCGGGGAUACACGUCACUUGCCAGCAAAUGCCCCGGCUUGUUGCCCAACUUUCGAAAGACACCCACUCCAUCACUUUAUGCCUCCCUCUCCCAUCGUCGCCGUCUAUGGACAGAUGUGAAGAAGGUAAAAAGACGGGUUGCCUUUCCACUUUUGGUGGCAGCCUCGGUAGAUUCCAAUUUAGGGACAACACCUGAACAACAAGGCGCGGGAACAAAAGACAGCGAUUGGCGGAGCCGGGCUAAGCCAAUACGACCAGGGUCAACGUACCCGGCCAAGGAACAUUGCAGCCAGUGUGGGUUGUGCGAUACGUACUACGUUGCGCAUGUGAAGGAUGCGUGUGCGUUCUUGGGAGAGGGGAUGUCGCGGAUCGAUUGGAUGGAGGAAAGAGUGCAUGGCCAUCGCCGCCACCGAGGUGAAUCGACCGACGAGUUCCACUUUGGAGUCCACAAGGAGAUUCUAUUUGCAAAGAAAAAGGAACCUGUUCUCGGCGCACAAUGGACUGGAAUUGUUACCACAAUUGCCGUGGAAAUGUUGCGCAGCGGCAAAGUGGAAGCGGUGGUUUGCGUACAAAGUGACCCUGACAACCGUUUUCAGCCUUACCCGGUGCUAGCGCGCACGCCAGAAGAGGUUCUCGCUGCUCGUGGUGUGAAGCCGAUGCUUUCGCCGAACCUCAACACACUUGCACUUGUGGAGGCGGCGGGUGUGAAGCGGCUUCUCUUCUGCGGAGUCGGCUGCCAGGUUCAAGCCUUGAGGUCCGUCGAGCACCACUUGGGAUUAGAAAAGCUGUACACCCUUGGCACAAACUGCGUAGACAAUGGGACCCGACAAGGUUUCGAGAAGUUUCUGAGCGUUGUCAGUGACGAUCCGGCGACCGUUCUUCACUAUGAAUUCAUGCAGGACUUCAAAGUGCAUGUAAAGCACACGGAUGGACACACCGACGAAAUCCCAUACUUCUGUUUGCCGAGCUCCGAGCUGAAUGAUGUAAUAGCACCUUCCUGCUACAGCUGCUUCGACUAUGCCAACGGCCUAGCGGACCUCGUUGUUGGUUACAUGGGGGUUCCUAAGCAGCCGGGUGUUCCAAUGACGAGACAUCCACAGUAUGUUGUCGUGAGGAAUGACAGGGGUGUGGAGAUGCUGGAUCUCGUUCGCCCGCAGCUGGAGACGACUCGGACAGUGAGUGAAGGUGAUCGGCGAGCGUUUGUGAUGCAGACUGUUGAGGCCGAUGAUAAGGCCAAGCUUGAUGUUGACAAGAAGACAAAGCCGAUGCCGAGGUUCGUUGGGAAUCUUAUGGCGUUUCUUCUGGAAAAGGUGGGCCCUAAGGGGUUAGAAUUUGCGCGGUUCUCCCUGGACUACCAUACUAUCCGCAAUUAUCUCUAUGUGCAUAGAGUGUGGGGGAAAGAGAGGGCAGAUUCACAUGUGCCUCUGUAUGCUAAGCAAGUCGUAGACUUGUACAAUCGUAAUGGCGAGAUCGAUAGGCUCCUUGCGUGUGACGUGGAGGCUUACAAAGCAGCAAUCAUGCCUCCGAAGAAGCCUUUGGGAACGAUUAGCAAGCAAGAACCUGGGUUUGCCUCUCGCAGGGUUGGCUCACCGUCGAAUGCAGAAAGAGACUCUCUCUCUAAAGAAGACCCUAAGCGGACGCGUCAAGAGCUGGAUGUCGAAUCUGCUACUAUUUCUCAAGAAAAUGAGCUGUUGGCCGUCUUUGUGGGAGCUGGCUUGGCUGCCUGGCUCCUUUACAACUUGUUCCAAGCAGGACUCUUCAACGAUGAUCUUAGUAUCCACCAGUCAGGAUUACUGCUGCAAGUCUUACAUGUCCACAACUUCACAUGAGUGUGUGUGUGUGUGUGUGUGUGUGUGUGUGUGUGUGUGUGUGUGUGUGUGUAGACUGUGUGUGUGU